AUCGAAAAGUAUUCAUCUGGACUUCGGUAUUAAUCCUUGCAUCGCCAGGCUUUAAUAAGUAGCAUCGAGCUCAUUCAAGUAAGGAGACUGUGACUUUGAUUGAUCACGUCGAUGGAGCGUGUCCUCACGCUGCGAGGCUGUUAUAAGUAUUCAUCGAAGCAUAGUAAGGAGGUACUGUCUGGUUUUGAGUGAUCGCUUCGCUAUGGAAGUUUGGCCUUCUUCUCCUGAGCAGGUUGAAUUUCGCUGCAUCCGCAUUCGUUUCACUUCGGUUUCUGCAGCUUCUCGUUGAGCGGACUCGAGAGCAUCCGCGCUUUCUGGAGCGUUACAAAUCUUUCCAGUCCUACGCCUACAAACGCCGAGAAGCCGAGGGAUGGUACUACGCUACUUGCACGCCAGGAAGCGAGGUGAAGCUCCUAGCACUGGACUGAGAAAUGGUUGAAUGCAUCGGCAACGAAGAGCAGAUCGUCCAGUUAUGCGUCGCGGACCGAGACUGUAAGAAGCUGGCGGACAUUCUUGUGAAACCCAGUCGACCAGUCGUCGAUUAUCGCACUCCUGUUCAUGGAAUCACAGCGCAAGACCUCAACAGAGCAGCCUACUGUACUCAGAAAGAUGCCCAGGAUAACCUGGUAGAACUACUCACUCCUGGGACCAUCUUGGUUGGCCAUACGUUGUCCCAUGAUCUAGAAAUAUUGAAGAUCAGCUAUCCGCGGGUCGGAGUUUAAGGACACCUUGUCUUUCCUGUCCCUGUUUGAUUCUCGGCUUUUUUCUUCCUUGGUAUCAGCACCACUCUACUAGACACCAUGUUUCCCAUCCCAGCUCGUUGCUUUCCAGAUCUUUCAUCAAAGGUUUAAGAAAUAAAGAAUAUAUGGAAAUAUACAAAAGGCAAUUCGCCAUAAGGGUUAGGGCAAGCUUAU